UGUGGGCCGCACACACAGGCAGGGCUUGGGGCAGCACACAAUAAAAUAUGGCUGAAGCUGCGACAGGCUUCCUGGAGCAGCUGAAGUCGUGCAUGGUGUGGUCGUGGACGUAUCUGUGGACGGUGUGGUUCUUCUUCAUGCUCUUCCUGGUCUACAUCCUGAGGGUCCCGCUGAAGAUCAAUGACAAUCUGAGCACAGUGAGUAUGUUUUUGAACACACUAACACCUAAAUUUUACGUUGCUCUGACCGGCACAUCCUCCCUCAUCUCGGGACUUAUUUUGAUAUUUGAAUGGUGGUAUUUUCGGAAGUAUGGAACAUCAUUUAUUGAGCAAGUCUCUGUAAGUCACUUGCGCCCUCUGUUGGGAGGAGUUGACAAUAGCCCACCAAGUAACUCGAACACGAGUAAUGGGGAUGCUGAUUCAAGUCGACAGAGUGUUUCAGAAUGUAAAGUCUGGCGAAAUCCAUUAAACUUAUUUCGCGGAGCAGAGUACAACAGAUAUACAUGGGUGACAGGACGGGAACCGUUAACAUAUUAUGAUAUGAAUCUUUCAGCCCAGGAUCAUCAGACUUUCUUUACAUGUGACACCGAUCACAUGCGGCCAGCAGAUGCAAUAAUGCAAAAAGCAUGGCGGGAAAGAAACCCACAAGCCAGAAUUUCUGCAGCACAUGAAGCGCUGGAAUUAAAUGAAUGUGCCACUGCCUUCAUUUUACUGGCUGAGGAAGAAGCAACGACCAUUGUAGAGGCAGAGAAGUUGUUUAAGCAAGCACUGAAGGCUGGGGAAGGCUGCUAUAGAAGAAGCCAGCAAUUACAGCACCAUGGUGCUCAGUAUGAAGCUCAGCACCGACGAGACACAAAUGUAUUGGUAUACAUUAAAAGAAGAUUAGCAAUGUGCGCACGGAAGCUAGGAAGAACAAGGGAAGCAGUGAAGAUGAUGAGAGAUUUAAUGAAGGAGUUCCCACUGCUGAGUAUGUUCAAUAUUCAUGAGAACUUGUUAGAAGCUUUGCUAGAGCUCCAGGCAUAUGCAGAUGUACAAGCAGUUUUAGCAAAGUAUGAUGAUAUAAGUUUACCAAAAUCUGCCACAAUAUGUUACACAGCAGCACUGCUCAAAGCACGGGCAGUAUCAGACAAAUUCUCCCCAGAAGCCGCAUCACGGCGAGGGCUCAGCACAGCAGAAAUGAAUGCCGUAGAGGCAAUACACAGAGCAGUGGAGUUCAAUCCACAUGUGCCAAAAUACCUUCUUGAAAUGAAAAGUUUAAUACUGCCCCCUGAACACAUUCUGAAGAGAGGGGACAGCGAAGCAAUAGCAUAUGCUUUCUUUCACCUUCAACACUGGAAAAGGGUAGAGGGAGCUUUAAAUCUCUUACAUUGUACGUGGGAAGGGACAUUCAGAAUGAUUCCAUAUCCACUGGAAAAGGGUCACCUUUUUUACCCAUACCCCAUUUGCACAGAAACCGCCGACAGAGAAUUACUUCCAUCAUUUCAUGAAGUUUCAGUAUAUCCAAAGAAAGAACUUCCUUUCUUCAUACUCUUCACAGCUGGAUUGUGCUCCUUCACAGCCAUGUUGGCUCUUCUCACACAUCAGUUCCCAGAGCUUAUGGGAGUAUUUGCAAAAGCUUUCCUGAGCACCUUGUUUGCACCUUUAAACUUUGUAAUGGAGAAAGUGGAAAGCAUACUCCCUUCCAGCUUGUGGCACCAACUGACUCGAAUUUGAGGCUCCUGCAGCAUUUACAGAACAUCAUGGCUGCCAGCAACAAAGCAUGACCUGGAAAAAGAACUGUUCAUGAAUGGACUGUCUGUUCUCAUAUACAAACUGUUUUUGUUGUAAAUUGGGAAAACCAUUAUGUUCAAUUAUAUUUUGCCUUUAGAAAAAAAAACACUUCUUUAAAAUAAAAUUUUGUGUAUGGCAGCA